AUGAACAAAUUUGACACCCAAGAGAGACAGAUUCAGCGACAAGCAAGGAUUAGAGGGUCAGGCAAGCGAGUGAUACAGGCUCAAAAAUUGGAAAUCGUGGAAGAGCAACCGCCAAAUUCGCUGAGUGAUAUUGCAGAUAAUCCACCUGAGAUAGAGCUCCCUCAAAAAGAGCUGAGCGUACAUGUUGAUGUUCUGGCUCAAGCAACUCCACAGAAACGAAAAAGAGGACGUCCCAAAAAGAAAAGGGCAGGCGGCAGGAAGCGACGUACAUUGGAAGAGCCAGAGAAGAAAUUGUCACCUGAAAGCGACACCUCGAAUGAAGUAACUACAGUGUUAAAAGAAAUACCUGAUUUGAGUCAUGAGGACUCACAAUCGCGUAUCAAGCCUGCAGUUCCUCUUGUACUUGGACCAGACGAUAUCAUUUCGAAAGUUGGGACGACCUCCGCAAGGGAAAAGGGAGCUGUGCAACUCCGCGGCAAACAGGAAAUGGACUUUUUCAAGGUUUUGCAAAGCUUAAUUGAGAAUUUUGAAGUCGCCACUCCUUAUUCCGAUGAAUUCAAGCUCCACGUUUUGAAUGCGAUUGAAGAGCUACGAGACAGGACAGCGCAACUCAAAAAAACUUCGGAAUCGAUUUCAAAGAUCCAAAAAGAAAAGGACCAACUUAGACAGAGGAUAUUGGCGGUGAAGGACCAAAGUAAGAACGUAGCAAUGCAAAUGCAAGAGUUUGUGGAGACCAAAAAUAGGACAAGGCAGGAAUACGAGUGGACGAAAUCGAUUUAUGAGCGGAUAGAAACUUUGAAACGCGAGAUGAAAGGUGACGCUCCUUCUAAAACAAGCACUCUGGAGACUGUGGUGCGUCUGUUGUCUACAUUGAAGGGUGUACUCAGCCCCAAAAUAGGGGUCGUUGCGAAAUUGAGACAGAUAAAUGGAAAGUUGAAACAGAAAGAGGCCAAAUUGCCAACUGUUUAG